GAGCCCCGCGGAGUCCCCGCCGUCCGUGUGGCGGGCUCAGGGAGCGAGUGGGAGCGCCCCCCACCGCCGCCCCCUCCCCCGAGCGUCGAGACAAGAUGCUGCCCGGGCUCAGGUGCUUGCUGCAAGGUCCCGCCUCGGCCUGCCUCCUGCUGAUGCUCCUGGCCCUGCCCCCAGCGGCCCCCAGCUGCCCCAUGCUCUGUACCUGCUACGCGUCCCCGCCCACCGUGAGCUGCCAGGCCAACAACUUCUCCUCCGUGCCGCUGUCCCUGCCGCCCAGCACCCAGCGACUCUUCCUCCAGAACAACCUCAUCCGCACGCUGCGGCCGGGCACCUUCGGGCCCAACCUGCUCACCCUGUGGCUCUUCUCCAACAACCUCUCCACCAUCUACCCGGGCACCUUCCGCCACCUGCAGGCCUUGGAGGAGCUGGACCUCGGUGACAACCGGCACCUGCGCUCUCUGGAGCCCGACACCUUCCAAGGCCUAGAGCGGCUGCAGUCGCUGCACCUGUACCGCUGCCAGCUCAGCAGCCUGCCCGGCAACAUCUUCCGCGGCCUGGUCAGCCUGCAGUACCUCUACCUCCAGGAAAACAGCCUGCUCCACCUCCAGGAUGACCUGUUCGCGGACCUGGCUAACUUGAGCCACCUCUUCCUGCACGGGAACCGCCUGCGGCUGCUGACGGAGCACGUGUUCCGCGGCCUGGGCGGCCUGGACCGGCUGCUGCUCCACGGGAACCGGCUGCAGGGCGUGCACCGCGCCGCCUUCCGCGGCCUCAGCCGCCUCACCAUCCUCUACCUGUUCAACAACAGCCUGGCCUCCCUGCCCGGCGAGGCGCUGGCCGACCUGCCGGCGCUCGAGUUCCUGCGGCUCAACGCCAACCCCUGGGCGUGCGACUGCCGCGCGCGGCCGCUCUGGGCCUGGUUCCAGCGCGCUCGCGUGUCCAGCUCCGACGUGACCUGCGCCACCCCGCCGGAGCGCCAGGGCCGGGACCUGCGCGAGCUCCGCGAGGCCGACUUCCAAUCCUGCCCGCCCGCGGCGCCCACGCGGCCCGGCAGCCGCGCCCGCGGCAACAGUUCUUCCAACCACCUGUACGGGGUGGCGGAGGCUGGCGCGCCCCCCGCCGACCCCUCCACCCUCUACCGAGACCUGCCUGCCGAAGACCCGCGGGGGCGCCCGGGCGGGGACUCACCCACCGAGGACGACUACUGGGGGGGUUACGGGGGCGAGGACCAGCGAGGGGAGCAGACGUGCCCGGGCGCAGCCUGCCAGGUGCCCCCGGACUCCCGCGGCCCCGCGCUCUCGGCCGGGCUCCCCACCCCUCUGCUUUGUGUCCUGCUCUUGGCGCCCCACCACCUCUGACUGCGGUGCUGAAACUGCAGAGGCUGGGGUGGCCCCCAGCCCCAGCCCUCAGCUGCAGCUCUGGCCCAA